AUGGACAGAAUCAGUGGGUUGUCUGAUGAGCUUCUUCUUAAGAUACUAAUGUUGGUUCCGACGAAAGUAGCUGCAUCCAUAAGCAUCUUGUCGAAACGGUGGGAGUAUCUUUGGAUGUGGUUGCCUAAACUUGAUUACGAUCAUAGAGAUUGUUCAAAGCCUGAAUCCAAGAGGCUACAGUGUUUUCUUGACCAUAAUCUACCAUUACAUAGAGCUCCAGUUAUUGAAAGCUUCCGUCUUGAAUUAGAUAGUUCACGUUUCAAACCGGAGUGUAUCAAGAUGUGGGUUGCAAUAGCUGUUUCUCACUGCCUACGUAAGCUGGAGAUAAGAUAUGAGUCUAAGUCAAACAUUCUGCCGAGUAACAUGUAUAUCUGCAAAUCUCUCGUGGUCUUGAAACUGGGUGGUGAUAUCCUCUUGGAUGUUCCUCGAAUGGUUUCUCUUCCCUCUCUCAAAACUAUGAAACUUCAAAGUGUGAGAUUCUUCAAUGAAGAAACUCUUCAGCGGCUUCUAUCUAGUUGCCCAAUUCUUGAAGACCUUGUGGUGGAUUUACGUGAGGAUGACACUACUCGAAAGUUGACUGUUGCUGUUCCAUCUUUGCAGAGUUUGUCACUCUAUAUACCUAAGAGUCAUGAGAUAGAUGGGUAUGUGAUAGUAACUCCUGCUGUAAAGUAUUUCAAACUUGUCGAUGAUAAUUACAAGAGUCACUACUGUUUGAUUGAGCAUAUGCCUAACCUGAUCGAGGCACAUUUGGAUGUCUCACUCCCUGAUAUCAAAAGUCUUAUUGGAUCAAUCACAUCUGUCAAGCGUCUUUCAAUUUGUUCAGCGGCUAUGUUUGAUGAAGGCUUUGUCUUCAACCAGCUUGAGCAUCUGGAGUUAUGUAUAUGCAAAGAUCAUUCCUCCAAUCAACUUUUCCGACUGCUCAAAUCUUCUUUGAUAUUGCAAGAAUUAAACCUUUACUCAAUGGAAGAUCAUUUUCCUCAAUAUAUGGAUUACUGGAAUGAACCAAGUACUGUUCCUGAAUGUCUGCUGUCUACUCUGCAAAAUUUCAGCUGGUCGUUUUCGUUAUACUCGGGAGAACCACCAGACAGAGAUAUUGUGAUUUACAUUUUGGAACAUGCUGUUCACUUAAAGACUGCAACAAUCUCGUCAUAUGAAUGUGAAGUUCCAAAAUUUGAGAUGUUACAGGAGUUGGCACUUUCUUCUAGAGCUUCAACAGCAUGCAAACUCAUGUUUGAAUGAGUACGUUAUCAUUAAAAUUGGUCUUGCUCUUUUUCUUUUCUUUUUUUUUGGCCAAUUGGCUUGCUCUUCUAUUCCUUGUAUUUGCUCGGACUCAGUUUCGUUUGUCGUCGA